AUAAGUCCUGCGUCCAAUGGUAGCGAUGUCGAUGUUACACCCACGAGGAACCUAUCUCGGCGAAAACAUGGAUGCGAAGUGGAGCUGAAAGCAAUCAAUAGUUUAAAAACACGCUGUAAAUAAACACCGCAACAGCGCUUGCCAGGGGCCAACACAGAGGCCAGUUAGAGAAAAUGACUCGCUGGGCUAGGAGCAAAAGUGUCCUAAAGCAUGAACGGCAGCCAGGAGAGGCUACCACUUGGUCUGAGUUUGUAGCACAGCGGCAGGAGGCUGCGAAACCAAGCUGCGCACGUGAUGGCAGUAGAGCGACAAGAUUGUCGAACACUGGCAAGAAGCAUCCCAUAGGCAUUAACUUUGCUAUCAAGAGGACGAUGACAAGCACAGAAAGUGGUGGUGCUGAGGCCAAUGUAUCCUGUAGAGGUGCAGCUGCUGAUGUCCACCUAAAAGGAAAAGCAGCAGUGUCAAGUAACAGGCCUUCACAACAUGUCAUCGGAAAUAAGAGCAACAUACAGGCUGGAGGCAAAAAUGCUGCCAAAAGAAAAGAAGCUGCAGUGCAUGAUGAAGAAGCAGAAGCACUUGAGAAGUUGUUGCAGAAGCACAGAAAAACUGAACCAGACCUUCCAGUUGUACAAAAGAUAGUGGCGGUAGCUCCUGAAAAGAGACUUGCUGUAGUGCCAGCGCCAAGUUCCAGUACGACAGGUAGCACAAGUAACACAUUUCCCAGAGAAGUUGCAAAAAAAAGGUCAUCACCCAGUGCAAAAAAGAAAGCCUGUUUGCUUAAAACAAAAACUUCUGCUGCCGAGACUGCUGUGCCAGCCUCAAAGAAUCAACUCUCACUCUCCGGUGUAACCAAGAAAUGUGGUGAUAAAAAGGAGGUUCAGUCUUCUGCUGAUAUGUCAAAAGCAAGGAAAAAGAAAAUUAUUUCUAAAAAGCUUCUCACACCAGUCAGGAAGAAGCUUCCAGUUCCUGCCGAAAAUCAAGGAAAGUUCAGAAGUUCUGACACUGAGAAGUUAGGUAAGGUUAGGAAAACCCUCGGCCAUAAAGCUGAUGCACCAGUCAUGAAGGAAGAGGCCUUGUCCUUUGAUGAAAAUGAAAAAGACAGCAACAGUGAGGAAGAGCAGCCUGUGUUGAAGAAGCCAAGAACAGGUGUACUUGUAGAUAGUAGUGGCAGUGGCAAGGCCAAGCGACUGCAGCGGAUGCGCCAGGAGCGGGAGGCCAAGGGCAUGCUGCUCCUGCCAGAAAAGGUAGAACGACGCAUAUACCUAACAAAAAAGGCUAUGCGCAAGAAGGGCCUUCCUGGAGAGCAGAUCAAGGAGGCUGUGCGCAAGAUGCGUCGAAAGGAAGAGCUGCUGUUUCGCAGGCAGCUGGCCAAGCUAUGCUUCAAAUGUCGUCAGCCUGGUCACAGGGUGUCCGACUGUCCUCAGAUGCUUCAAGAUUCCAGCGAAGGCAUUGGAAUUUGCUUCAAGUGUGGAUCUACAGAGCACUUCUCAUCUGCGUGCACAGUUCAGACAAGCAAAGACAAUGAGUUCCCAUAUGCGAAGUGUUUCAUCUGCAAGCAACAGGGGCACCUAAGUCGCAAGUGCCCACGCAAUGAUAAAGGGGUGUACCCAAAAGGAGGUCACUGCAAUUUCUGUGGAGGUAUUGACCAUUUCAAGAAGGAGUGUCCCGAGAUGGAGAAGAAUAAGAGCAAAACCAGUGAAGAGAGUGAGGUUGCAGCUGACAUUGCGAGCAUUGGCCUGAGUGCCGACGCCGAGAACAUUGUGCCGUUACACCAGGACAUCCGGGUAAAGAAGAAGAAGGUGAUCAGCUUCUGAAGCUGUGUUGCCUGCAAAGUUGGCCACAUGCCCUUGUAUUGAAACGUCGUUUCAUAAAUAAGUCCCUGAAGGAAGACUGCCAUUUCAGUCAACACGAGAAUUGUAUUAACUGCAUGGAUGGCUCAUCACAGAGCUUACAAUACUGAACAAUCUUUGUGACUUGCAUUACAAAGCAAUGAUAAUUUGACCUGUUUUAAUCCUGCCGUCUAUUUGUUUUUGGAGCUUUCUUCAGAAUAUGUUAUAAACAUAGAAAAGAACAAUUCACCCUAAAGUUAAUGGUGCUAUUUAAGUACUAUUACCUAGAUUUAUUGACACACACACACAUACAGAAGAUCGUAAUCAUUCAUAUGAUGCUCUGAAAAGUUUUGAUAAUUAGAACUUGAUUUGUAUGCUUGGAAUUGUUUCAUUCGACUCUUUUUUGGGUCUUGAAUAUAAACAUCCUUUAUUAUGGCUGUGAUGUAUGUAAUUACUUAUGAAAUAGUGCCAAGGUUUGGCUGGAUAUACAGGUUGCUUCAACUUUGUGAAGUAGAUCAUGUGCUAAAAUGUGAUGUCAACCACUGCAAUGCAGCUAGAUAACUUGUUAUUAAUAUAUAUAUAUAUAUAUAUAUCAAAACGUUUAUUUAAAAGAAAAAAAAAUGCAGAAAGCGAGUGGGUGGAGCCCCUAGUCCAGGGCCCCACUGGCUUGAGCGGUCCGCCGUGCUUGGUCGAGAAGCGCUAGUUGCAUCUCCCGAUCCUCGCUGGCGAGCCAAGUCUCCCACUGCUCCCUUCCGGAAAGUUUGCCGGCUAUUGUUGGUGUAUUAAUUUCGGGUGGCCUGUUCUGGCAGUCCCACGUAAUGUGGGCGAGAGUUGGCCGGCCUCCGCACCAAGGACAGCGAGCGCUGUACAGCGUUGGGUGAAUGGCAUUUUUCAAAUAAAGGUUUGGAAAUGUGUGCGUCUGUAUUCGGCGCCAGUCAUAAGAGUCCUGCCUGGAUAGGUCAGGGUGUGGUGGACUGUACUUUCUUCGCUCGCGCCGCUGGUGCUCAAGGAUGUCUCGUGGUAAAAAGGGGUUUUCGUCAGAGUGGUCGGCCGCUCGGUUGACAAAAGCACGAGCUGCGCCGUCCGCUCUCUCAUUGCCCUCGAGUCCUGCGUGACCCGGGCACCAGAUGAUCAUGUGUUUCUGCGUUAGGUUGGAUCCUAAUAGGUGAUUGGUGCUGUGUGGUAGCCUCCCGGUGAGGAAUAGUCUACAUGCGACUUGGGAAUCUGUAAGAGUUAUCGACGAUUGUCCCAGGGCGUCCUCAGUUUUAAUAGCUAGCGCGAUGGCUGAAGCUUCUGCGGUAUUCGCAGAUGCAACUCUAGCCGUGGCACAAGUCACAAGCCCUUGAUUUGCGGCCGCUCCUACCACUGCGAGGGCGUAUUUGUAAGCACCACAUCGAGCGACAUCUGUGUAGACUGUAUCCGGGUUUCCAUCGAAUUGCUGCAUUAACUUUCGAGCUCGAGCAUUUCUACGUCCCUGGUGGUAUUUUGGACUCAUGUUCUUAGGGAUUGGGGCUACUAUGAUCCUUUCACGAAGGACUCUGGGCAGAGAUUCGAGUUCUCCCGCAUACUGUGGACGAGUAGGGUAGCCCACGCGGCAAAGUAAUUUUCUGCCAGAGGAGGUUAAGCUAAGCCGCUCCCGUUGAGAUAUGAGCGUCGCUGCCCGUAGCUCCUCGUAGUUAUUGUGAAUCCCGAGGGCCAGCAGGCGUUCAGUAGAGGUUCCCUGUGGUAGGCCGAGAGCCGCUUUGUACGACGUUCUAAUCAACGCAUCUAGGGCCUUUAGUUCUGUUUUCGUGGGGUCCUGGAAAGGGAGGCUAUAUGUGAGACGGCUUAGCACAAAAGCCUGAACGAGCCGGAUCGUCUCUGUUUCCUUGAAACCUUUUCGGUGAUAAGUUACUCUGCGGAUCAUACGGGAGAUCUGUUUCACCGUAGUCCUAAGGGUUUUAAUGGUGUGGUCUACUCGUUUGUUGCUUUGCAGCCACAGUCCGAGGACUCGCAUUUUCUGGACUUCCUUUAUCUGGCUGUCUCCUAGAAAGAGGUUCACCGGCUCGUGAGUUUGACGGCCUCGCCCUCGUAUCCUGAUAAAUUCUGAUUUAUCGGGAGCGCAGCUCAUUCCACUGCUGCGAGCGAAGGCUUCAACAACGGUCGUUGCUUCUUGCAGGAUUUCUUCUUUUUGUCCUAACGAGCCGCUGGUUGCCCAUAGGGUAAUAUCGUCUGCAUAUAUCGCGUACCCUAGCCCAGGUAUGACGUCGAGUGUUUUGGCUAAGCGUCUCAUACCGAUAUUGAAAAGAAGGGGGGAGAGUAUCGCCCCUUGCGGUGUACCUCUAUUGGGCAUGGGAAAAGGGUCUGAGCGCGUAGUGCCAAUGCCUAUUGUCGCGAUGCGAGAGGUCAGGAAAGAGCGGGCGUAAUCAUAGAUUCUUUGUCCACAACCGAUGUCACUUAGCUCAGAUAAGAUAAGUUCAUGUGAAAUAGUGUCAAAUGCGCUUUUUAAAUCAAGAGCCAGGACGAGAUGUUCCGCACCAACCGUGGUGUUGCAUAGAACUUCUUCGCGAAGUAGCAGGAAAACAUCUUGUGUUAUUAAUAGCAUCAGAUGUGUUCCAACACAUUCUCAUGUUAGUGUCAGAGCACUUUUGAUAACAUGUUCAGUGAGAGGCUGCUUCUUCAAAAAGGCUUAAAUACAAAUCAUUCCAAGCAGCUGCAGCCCCUGCUGCGAUAUGGCUGAUGCAGCGAGUGUUAUUCAAUAUUUCAGGCGGUACCAUUUGAGCAGUCAGAGCGCAUAGUCUAUAGAAAUGUCUCUGCUGACGGUUGUGUGCUUAGAUGACAUGGAAUCCACUGAGAUUUUAGCAUGUGGGAACACUUGAGCAAGUGAUCACAUUGUGAGGUGGCUCCUUCGCCGUCCAAUCAAAUAAUCAGAUCAAUCAAGUAAGUCAUUUUUCCUUUCAUUAUGAAAAGGAUGGGGCAGCCACUAAAAGCUACUUUUACAAGGGGCUUGAUUAGGCAAGGGUUCCUGUAUUAGCAACAACUUAUAGCACAUCAAGGAACCAAAGUAUGUACAAGGUCACUGUUCACUUUAUGAGGAGCCAACAUACAUAAAGGGCCUUUUCUAAGCACACUGAAAUUCAGACAAGAUAAUUCUAACUCUUAAAGGGACACUAAAGGGAAAUACUAAGUCAUACUAAAGUCAUAGAUUACUGCUUGAGAAUCUCUAAGGCAUCAAUAUUAUCGCGAACAGGGCCUUAAUAAUCGAGAAAUCAAGGUAAAUGCAGGACAUGAUUAGAGACCUUCAGGAUAUUCAAGCACUUGCCCAAUGACGAAAGCACUCCUCAGUUGAAUUCUGUCACUAGUACUCUACUUGUUGCAAAAUAACAUGCUCAUAUUGUAUUAUAACAUGAAAUAAAAUGCUACUUGUCCAGUUCUA